AUGUUUGAAAAUGCCUCCUCCGAUUGUUCAGACUCCAUUUCUUGCUCUGCAACCCUAAGUUUCAGCUGUUCUCAAUCGAUGGCUGGUGAAUCUGAUGUCCCGGGAAACACCCUCUCUUGCGCUAACUGUGGAAAACCCGCCAAUCUUCAGUACUCUUUCUUCGCUCUAUUUAAUUUUCUCUUUAUGUGGUUUACAGCUGCUCACAAGUGCCCAAAAUGCAUUGAAUUGAAGCUUCCUCGUGAAGGUUCUGCCUUCUGUGAUUCUAGACAAGACUUGAGUUCUUUGACUAUUCGCCGAGAGAUAAUUGGUCCUUUUGAUUCCUAUUCAAUUAUAGCAGCUGGCCCCAAAACCACUGCGGUGGAAUGUUUCAAGUCUUCAUGGAGCUCGCACAAAUCAGUGCAUCUGAAGGAAAAACUAUCUUCACCUGGCACACAAAAUUCUGGCUCACUUGGUGAAGAUUGGUUAUAUUGUUUGAAGAGAGGGCAGGCUCGAACACCAAAGCUCCCUUACUUUGAUUGGACUGGACCACUGCGGCCAUAUCCCAUUUCUAGUAAACGGAUUGUCCCAGACCAAAUUGAGAAACCUGAUUGGGCUGAUGAUGGAAUUCCCAAAAUUGAGCCCAAUAGUGGUCUGCAGCAUACUGUUGAGAUCAAAACUCCAGAUCAAAUUGAGAGAAUGAGGGAAACUUGUCGGAUUGCAAGGGAGGUGUUGGAUGCAGCUGCUCGGAUCAUUCAGCCUGGUGUGACGACUGAUGAGAUUGACAGAGUUGUUCAUGAGGCCACUAUUGCUGCAGGAGGAUAUCCUUCACCUCUCAAUUACCAUUUUUUCCCUAAAUCUUGCUGCACGUCAGUUAAUGAAGUAAUCUGCCAUGGAAUUCCUGAUGCAAGGAAGCUUGAGGAUGGUGACAUUGUCAAUGUUGAUGUCACUGUGUGCUAUAAAGGUGUUCAUGGUGAUCUCAAUGAAACAUACUUUGUAGGAAAUGUUGAUGAAGAGUCUCGCCAGCUAGUAAAAUGCACUUAUGAGUGCCUGGAGAAGGCAAUAUCCAUUGUUAAACCUGGGGUACGAUUCCGUGAAAUUGGUGAAGUUAUUAAUCGUCAUGCUUUAAUGUGUGGCUUCGCAGUGGUAAAAUCGUAUUGUGGUCAUGGAAUUGGAGAGCUCUUCCAUUGCGCACCAAACAUUCCUCAUUAUGCAAAAAACAAAGCAGUUGGUGUGAUGAAGGCUGGACAGACCUUUACAAUUGAACCAAUGAUCAAUGCUGGAGUCUGGCGAGAUCGAAUGUGGCCUGAUGGAUGGACUGCUGUUACAGCCGAUGGUAAACGAAGUGCUCAAUUUGAGCACACUCUUUUGGUGACGGAAACUGGUGUUGAAGUUUUAACUGGGAGGUUGCAGACAUCACCCAAAGUUUUUCCUUGGCUAAAUUCAUAA